AUGGGAACCCUCCGACGCAGCAGUGCCUACGACGCGAGCGACAGACCUACUGCAACCAGCACCUGCGGUAGCAGCAGGAACAGCAGCAGUGCUUCUGCCACAACGCCAACAGCAGCCCGUGCACCUGUGCAGCCCGCCGUGUGGAACACCGUGAACGGCUGCCUGGAGCCCCUCCCGGACCCUUCGACGGGCAUGCUCAAGUGGUACUCGUGCGGCCCAACCGUCUACGACAGCGCGCACCUGGGACACGCCAGGACCUACGUGUCUCUCGACGUGAUCCGCCGCGUGCUCACCGACUACUUCCGCUUCGACGUCACCUACGCCCUGGGCAUCACCGACGUCGACGAUAAGAUCAUCGCCAGGGCUCGGGAGAACGGGCUGCGCGAGUGGCCCGAGGUGGCCGAGAUGGCGGCUGAGUUCGAGAGGCAGUUCUUGGAGGACAUGUCGGACCUCGGAGUGAGGCCUCCCGACGCUCUCACCAGGGUGACAGACCACAUCCCUGAUAUCGUUGCGUAUAUUCAGCGCAUCCUCGAGAAUGGUAUGGGCUACGAGGCUGCUGGGGGCGUCUACUUCGACGUGGAGGGGAUGGGCGGUGCUUACGGGAAGCUGGGUGUCAAGGCGUCAAGCUCUACGACACCCGAAGAGGAGGGCGGGUCGGAACUCCGGGGGAAGCGGAGCCACAAGGACUUCGCGCUUUGGAAGACGGCCAAGGCGGACGAGCCAAGCUGGGAGUCACCGUUUGGACGAGGGAGGCCAGGGUGGCACAUCGAGUGCUCGGCCAUGACCCACUCCCUGUUCGGCCCCAACCUAGACGUGCACAGCGGCGGGGUGGACCUGAAGUUCCCCCACCACACGAACGAGAUCGCCCAGUGCGAGGCGCACGCCUGCGGAGGCGUUGCGGCGACAGCAGCGGCGACAGGGGACGGGGGAGUCGGGGGCGAGAGGAAGCCGUGGGUGCGGCACUGGAUUCACACGGGUCACCUGAACAUCGAGGGACUGAAGAUGUCCAAGUCUCUGAAGAACUUCGUGACGAUUCGGGAGUACCUGGAGGGGCAUUCGGCGGGGCAAGAAGCUGCGGCGGAGGACUUCCGCAUGUUCUGCCUCAUGCACAAGUACAGCUCAAACGUUACUUUCAGCGAGGACCGAAUGGAGGAGGCCAGCGUGGUGAGGGGCCGCUUGCAACGCUUCCUGGCUCUGGCGGACGUGACCAUCGGGGCGGCGAGAAAAAACCGGCCAGCCGACACCGCCGUCCGAUGGGGUAAAAAGGAGAAAUGGCUAGUGGAAGAGACUUCCACGUGUCGCAGGGAGGUGCGUCUCGCACUGAGCGAUGACUUCGACACGCCCAGGGCGGUGCGGCACCUGGCUUCCCUCUGCGCGCUUAUCUCUCCCCACCUAAAGGAGCUGACACAGGGGGACUUGGGCCCCGUCGUGUCCGCGAGAAAUUUCGCGGCGGAGACGUUGGCGCUUCUGGGCGUCGGCGAAAGCAGCACCGGGGCGGCGGCGGCGGGAGGGGGGCUCGGUGAAAUGAAGGGUGGGGGGGGGGAGCGGGGGGGGUUGGUCGGUAACGACGGGCUACCACCCGCGAGGGAGGUCGUGGACGCGAUGGUGGAGUUCCGGAGGAUGGCGCGGAAGCAUGUUCUCGAGAGAAAUUUGAAGAAGAACCCGGUGUCGGGGAAGCUGAUGAAGAGGGAUUUGCUGCAGCUGAUCGACCACACGCGCGACGAAACCCUGCCCUCGCUGGGCGUCCAUGUCCACGACGAGCCGGACAACCAGUGCACGUGGAUGGUGCUCCCUCCAGACCAGCGGAAAUCCCGACGCCGAUCUGAGGACCAGGCAGAGGCGCGAGCUCAGGCGGGCGGUGGUAAUGGUGGCGUUAAGGGGGCAACGUUACCUGGGGACGCGAUGUGGGCUGACGGCGACGAGGAAGAGCCACCGUUGCCUGGCGGUAUUCCCGUACCGCCGGCGGCGGUCGGCGACGACAGACGGGGAGGUUAG